AUGGAGCACGGCGCGGAACAGGGAUGGAGCACGGCGCGGAACAGGGAUGGAGCACGGCGCGGAACAGGGAUGGAGCACGGCGCGGAACAGGGAUGGAGCACGGCGCGGAACAGGGAUGGAGCACGGCGCGGAACAGGGAUGGAGCACGGCGCGGAACAGGGAUGGAGCACAGCACACGAGUGCACAUGCCGAGAGAGACCAGCUAAAGACCAGUUACACCACCCAACUCAAGAGAGAAACCAGUUAAAGACCAGUUACAACACCCUGACUAAAGAGAGAAACCAGUUACAGACCAGUUACAACACCCUGACUAAAGAGAGAGACCAGCUACAGACCAGUUACAACACCCUGACUAAAGAGAGAGACCAGCUACAAACCAGUUACAACACCCUGACUAAAGAGAGAGACCAGCUACAGAGCAGAUACAACAACCUGACUAAAGAGAGAGACCCGCUACAGAACAGUUACAACACCCUGACUAAAGAGAGAGACCAGUUACAGACCAGUAGUAACACCCUGACUAAAGAGAGAGACCAGUUACAGACCAGUUACCACACCCUGACUAAAGAGAGAGACCAGUUACAGACCAAUAGUAACAACCUGACUAAAGAGACAGACCAGCUACAGACCAGAUACAACACCCUGACUAAAGAGAAAAACAAGUUACAGACAAGUUCUAACACCCUGACUAAAGAGAAAGACCUGCUACAGACCAGUUAUAACACCCUGACUAAAGAGAGAGACCAGUUACAGACCAGAUAUAACACCCUGACUAAAGAGAGAGACCAGUUACAGACCAGUUACAACACCCUGACUAAAGAGAGAGACCAGUUACAGACCAGUAGUAACACCCUGACUAAAGAGAAAGACCAGCUACAGACAAGUUAUAACACCCUGACUAAAGAGAGAGACCAGUUACAGACCAGUUACAACACCCUGACUAAAGAGAGAGACCACUUAAAGGAAGAGCUAAACAAACAGAGCUGUGGAUGGAAGAAGUUUAAGUCCAGUUUGUACUACCUCUCUACUGAGAAGAAAUCCUGGACAGAGAGCAGGCAGGACUGUCUGGGACGAGGAGCACACCUGGUGAUCAUUAACAGCAAAGAGGAACAGGAAUUUAUCCAUGAAUGGAGUGGAUGCUUGGAUAUCUAUCUUGGUUUCCAUGACACCAAUACAGAGGGGGUUUGGGAGUGGAUUAACGAUGGCACAUUAGACCAAUCAUCAGCUCCUGUCACUACGUAUUGGAGGGAUGGGGAACCAAACGAUGCAAAUCAGGGUGAAGACUGCGCUCAUCUCACAAAGAUGGCAUCAGACCCACUAAAGAGUUGGAACGACGUACCAUGCACAACGAAUAUCCACUGGAUGUGCGAGAAGACAACGUCCACAUUGUAACUAUGUGUUUAGAGUUUUGAAACAUGAGACAUUUUGAUGAUCUGUUUUAGAUUUUUGUGUUAAGCUCAUUCUUGUGAAAAUUUGUCAAAGUGAUUGGGGGGAAAAAACAUAGGUAAAUUGACCCUUAUCUGAGCAUGGUGGGCUAACACAGUCUGGUCUUGCACAUAUGACCCUGGUUCAAAUCCCAGCUGGUGACAUAAACAGCCUAAAAUGAUCAUUUGGAUAUCCAAUGUGACUAGAUUAUGUUUUAUUUUGUAAUGAAAUCCCAACAUUAUAUUAUCAGAAACUGUUAUGGAGUUAAGUGGACUGGCGAAGCUGCUUAAGUAAUAGAAAUCCUGAUGUAUUAGCAAAGAAACGUAACAGCUUAUUAUUUAACAGUACAAAGUCAGUAUAGACCAUGUAUGCUGUACUGGUAAUAUUUUAGCUCAGUAGACCAUGUAUGCUGUACUGGUAAUAUAAUAUGUUAUUAUAGACCAUGUAUGCUGUACUAGUAAUAUUUUAGCUCAGUCGACCAUGUAUGCUGUACUGGUAAUAUAAUAUGUUAUUAUAGACCAAGUAUGCUGUACUGGUAAUAUAAUGGCUCAGUAUAGACCAUGUAUGCUGUACUGGUAAUAAUAGUGCAAAAGCCUUGGUGUACGGGUGUGUAGAAAAUAAUUGAUACUUUGUCUGGACUACUGUCGCCACCUGGCGAAAUAGAUUGGAGCUUGCACUUCAGUUCCUCCUUCCAUCGCUCUGGUCCAGAGCGUUAGUGCGCAUUCUCUUAUAUCUUACGCGUUGAACACACUGACUGUGACCUUGCGUUUUGGGACACCAGAAGUCCAUUAAUUUCCAAUGGAACGCUGCGUUGCCUUUGACAAUUGCUUUGCAGAGGCUGUUUCAGUGCGUUCUGUGUGGUUUAUACGUUGGAUUUAUCGAACGCAUACGUCAAACUGUAUGCGUUAACGGGUUGACAGAAAUGGUAACAUAAGGUGAAUGUUGAACUUUUGUUGCACACAUGUUUAGAUGACGCAGCGAACUAUUUUGCGCAGGGACAGUCGGUGUGUUCAAAGCGUAAUCUAUGAAGUGAAACGCGCACUAACGCCCUGGACCAGAGCUAGGCCUAUGACUAUCAGCUACUAUGAAAAAAAGUGAUUAAUCGAUUCAUGUUGAGGUGGAAGAAUAAAAUGAAAAAUUUCCUACAAUAUGCUGCCAAUAUCCCUAUAAAUAGUAUGCCUUAAUGUGUGAUAUUAAUAAACAUUUAAAUAAAAAAAUACAA